AUGACACUUGGCAAAGAUGUCCCAGACUUCGGUCAACAUUUCGCCGUCCUGAAUUUGGAUUGGAUGUCGAUUCUCAUAAACGCUGUUCAAGAUACAGACGAAGGGAAAGCGAUGAUUCAAAGCUGCACUCGCUGGAAUGAUGCAGUUCAUCAACAACAGCCACGCCCUUUGACCGUUUUCUCAACUCUCGCCUUCAACCGUGGAAAGCCCGAGGUCGACGCGAAUACACCCUUCGGUCAACUGAUUGCGCCAUUUGGGGAUUUCGAAAUAGGCUCCGCAGACGUUCAAAUAGACCCGAGGUUCACAAUUGAUGAAGAGGAUAUGAUUCUUCACAAAACUAGAUGGUCUGCGACUACUGGUAAUUCGUUGGAGCAAAUUUUGAAGGCGCAAGGUAUCGAUACCGUCAUCAUUGUAAGCAUGCAGGAAUCAUAUGUUUAA